AUGAAGAAAGUUUGUUGGCCUUACUUUGAUCCUGAGUUUGAUACUCUCCUAGAAAGGAUAAAUGGUCCCACUUGUAGAGUCACCAUCGACAAUGAAAACAUAGAGGAUUGUACCGUAGUAAAGGUGGAUAGCGUAAACAAGCAGGGUCUCCUCCUAGAAGUGGUGCAAGUUUUAACGGAUAUGAACCUUCAAAUCUGCAAGAGCUAUAUUUCAUCUGAUGCUGACUGGUUCAUGGAUGUGUUUCAUGUUAGAGAUGAACAUGGCAACAAACUAACGGACCAGACACUCAUUAAUGAUAUCCAGCAGGCCAUAGGAAGAUCAAGGGGAUCUCCACAUUCGAUAAAGGCCUAUUCCAGUAAGGUUUUCCCUAAUUACUUUCAUCCAAACGAGCACACCGCCAUCGAAAUGACCGGUGCCGACCACCCCGGUCUAUUUUCGGAGAUCUCUGCCGCCCUGGCCGACCUCCAUUGCAACAUCGACGAGGCUCAUGCUUGGACCCACAACGCCAGAUUAGCCUGCGUCGCCUACAUCUCCGAUCAAUCCACACAUUCCCCGAUCGAAGACCCUCGGCGCCUCGCUUACAUCGAAGAUCGCCUCGCCACUGUCCUUCGCGCCACCACCAACCCUAAUAGCUCGUGCGCCAACCAGCAAGAGGUGAAGACGGCGGAAUUCCGUGGCGGACAAGGCACCAUGACCACCGUGGAACGGAGGUUGCACCAACUCAUGCUUUCCGUUAGGGAUUUCGAAACGCCGUUAGGUCUGACGACGACAACGACGGCAGCAAUGCCGAGUGAUGGGGAAGAGGUGAGAAGAAAAAGAAUGGUGAGAAUUGAAAGCUGCAAGCAAAAAGGAUAUUCGAUAGUGAGCAUAGAGUGCAAGGAUCGACCCAGGCUCAUGUUCGACACUGUCUGCACUCUCACCGACAUGCAGUACGUCAUCUUCCAUGCUUCUAUCAGUUCCCACAAAGGCUAUGCCUUUCAGGAGUAUUUCAUUCGGCAUAUAGAUGGGUAUGCUUUGAGUACAGAAAGCGAGAAGGAAAGAGUGGCCAAAUGCUUAGAGGCAGCAAUAGAACGCCGUGUUUGUGAGGGAGUUCGGGUGGAGUUGUGUGCAGAGAACAGAGUUGGGAUGCUAUCGGACAUAACGAGGAUGCUGAGAGAGAACGGGUUAGCUGUGGUUCGAGCAGACGUAGAGACGCAUGGAGAGAAGUCUGUGAAUGCUUUCUAUGUGAGAGACGUAUCUGGAAAUUAUGAGGUUGAUAUUGACUAUUUUGUUCAGUCUGUGAGGAGGGAGAUGGGUCCUACGGUGCUUCACAUAAACAAUAAUAUUCGUCAUGCUGCUUCCAAUAGUGACGACGACACCCCUCUCUCCUUUGGACAUAAGCUCAGAUCUCACAUUGAACGUCUCUCUCAUGCCUUGUUCAUCUUAUCAACUCAUCACUAG